UACGCGUUCUCGGCUGCUUUGCUCGAUCGACGCAAGACGGGAUUCCUAUCCUUCUCGACGAGAUACAUAUGAUCAGCGAUCCAGUCCAUCUCGAGCGGAUGCAGCUCAUUGAGUCAUUUGCAUGCAGGAUUUGAGGAUUUGUCACAUGCCCCUGGAAAAGGCCGAGAAGCAAUCAAAGAGUUCGCGGGAGCACGGAGCGAGGGCCAGAGGAGUCCACCUCACUCUCUCCCUCCGUACCUCUCUCAUGUCGUAGCCAUCCCUCAUCAUUUUGUUACGGACCCUUUUCUCGCUUACUGUCUCUUUUCUCGCGUCCUGUCUUUGUUCCAUGUUCCUGGUCUCUAUGAAAGCUGAAGGCUUCUGAGGGAUCACCACCUCCGUCGUCUCAGAGCCGAGGAGAGGCGGCACGAGCGUAGGAACCAAGCCGGUUGAAGUUGACAGGGGAUAAAAAGGGAAAUGGGGAGUCUAUUGGUUGAAGACAUGAUGUAUCCUGGUGACCCUAAUUACAUGCAAAUUUUCCCCUCCGGUGAUGAGAAGAAUAUCAAUUAUUGUGGCUUCUAUCAGCCUUCGAUGGGUGAAUGCAUGAUGGGAGAGGGAGAUCUGGUUGAUCUUCCACCGGAAAAAUUUGCUGAGGCUGGUGAUGAAGACAGUGAUGAUGAUAUUGACAUAGAAGAACUCGAGCAACGAAUGUGGAGGGACCGGAUGCGACUGAAGCGCUUAAAGGAGCAUCAACAGAGCAAAAGCAGGGAGCAGGGCGAUGUGUUUAAGCAAUGUCAAUCCCUAGAACAGGCCCGUCGGAAGAAGAUGUCUCGGGCACAGGAUGGAAUUCUCAAGUACAUGUUGAAAAUGAUGGAGGUCUGCAAUGCUCAAGGCUUUGUUUAUGGUAUUAUUCCAGAGAAGGGCAAGCCCGUCAGUGGUGCUUCCGAUAAUCUCCGGGGUUGGUGGAAAGAAAAGGUCAGGUUUGAUAGGAAUGGACCUGCUGCUAUAGCCAAGUACCAGGCCGAUAACGCCGUCCCUGGUUCUGGCAGUGAGAUUAACUCUGGAACUGCAAGUCCUCAUUCAUUGCAGGAGCUUCAGGACACGACAUUGGGUUCCCUCCUGUCUGCUCUUAUGCAGCACUGUGAUCCACCACAGCGGCGAUUUCCCCUAGAGAAAGGAAUCCCACCGCCUUGGUGGCCUACCGGGAGCGAGGAGUGGUGGCCUCGAUUGGGCAUUCCAAAUGAUCAAGGUCAGCCUCCGUACAAGAAGCCGCACGAUCUAAAGAAGGCUUGGAAGGUCAGUGUCUUAACAGCUGUGAUCAAGCAUAUGUCUCCUGACAUCGAGAAGAUCCGCAGACUUGUUAGGCAGUCCAAAUGCCUCCAAGAUAAGAUGACUGCCAAGGAGAGCGCAACGUGGCUUGCUGUUGUUAAGCAGGAAGAGGACAUGUAUACGAAGCUGCAUCCAGAUGCAUGCCCACCCCCGUCCUCUGGGAGUGGUGUCACUGGAGCCUUCUCCUUCAACAGCAACAGCAGUGAGUAUGACGUUGAAGGUGUUGGUGUCGACGAAGGCAAAAGUGAGGAUGUGGAUUAUAAGCUGGCCGCGGACAGUGAUGCUUUCAAGUUAGUUGCUAGUGCAGGGAAUGGCAAGUUAGUUAGAUCUUUUCCAAUGAAGGAAGAGAUAGAUGUGGAGUUCGUUCAAAAGAGAACUGCUGCGGAGGCUGAACUGGUGAUGAACCAGCGGGUCUAUACCUGCGAUAAUGUGGUGUGCCCACACAACAAUGUCCGCCAUGGAUUUCUGGAUAGGAAUGCCAGGAACAGUCACCAAUACUUCUGUAAGUAUCAGACUACUCAUCCUCCAGGUAUUGGGAUGACCAACAACAGCUUCCAGGUGACUGAGAACAAGCCUUUGGUUUUCCCUUUGCCAUUGAAUUGCCAGCCAAAUCCUUCUUCAAUUGGGUCAAGUCUUAAUCCAGUUAAUAUAUCCGACUUGGAUAUUCCAUCUGAUGGUCAAAAAUCAAUCGAUGAGUUAAUGAACUUCUAUGACAACAACAUUGAUGGUAGCAAGAACAUGAACUUGGGAGGUGCGACCAUGUUGGAAGAAGUUGGUGACCUCUUUGAAGAAGUUGGCAGCUUAGUCGAGCAAUCACAGUACGGGCAGGAAAGCAUGGUGCCAUUUGAGCAAGAGCUUGCCGACCAGCCUAUUGAAGUGAGUGGGGACUUCAGGAUAGGGUCUGGCUUUGACAUGCCUGGAAUGGAUUACACCGAUGCUAUGCAUGAGAGGAUAGAGGAUUCACAGAAGCAAGACAGGUUCAAUUGGUUCUACUGAGGAACAGAUAGGGUCUGGAAUCAUGCGUCAAGAUGAUGAGAUCAUCUCAGCAGUGGUGUAAGAGAUCUUUAAAUUAAGUUGACCUCCCUGUAUCUAGUUAGUUGCAAUCUUCCUUUUCUUAUAUCAUGUCCAGGACAAAUAUUAGUAUGUAGAUUGUGCUCCCUAGGAGUUCUUGUGAGAUGCUCCAGUGAAGCAUUCCAUGAGAUUUGGUUAGGACUUGGAAGUAUGAAGUGGGGUUUGUGUAGGUUGUGGUUGCUGAUGGAUGGAUGUUUUGAGCUAAUCUGUUUAAUAGAAAUCUGCUGUUUAGACUUUA